ACUUCAGCACAUGAUGAUUCACACAUAUGAAAAGCCGUUUUCAUGUUUGACCUGUGGAAAACGUUUUCAUCGCAAAGUUAGUUUAACUCGGCACAUGAUAACUCACACUGGUGAAAAACCGUUUUCAUGUGUGAACUGUGGAAAAGGUUUUGGUGAAAAACAGGAUUUAACUCAGCACAUGACGAUUCACACUGGUGAAAAGCCAUUUUCAUGUGUGAACUGUGGAAAAAGUUUUCGUCAAAAAAAAAAUUUACUUGAGCACAUGAGGAUUCACACAAAUGAAAAGCCGUUUUCAUGUUUUACCUGUGGAAAAAGUUUUCAUCGCAAAGUUUGUUUAACUCAGCACAUGAUAACUCACAGUGGUGAAAAACCAUUUUCAUGUGUGGACUGUGGAAAAGGUUUUUAUCACAUAGUUGGUUUAACUCUGCACAUGAUGACUCACACUGGUGAACAGCCUUUUUCAUGUGUGAACUGUGGAAAAAGUUUUAGUCGAAAACGGACUUUAACUGAUCACAUGAUGAUUCACACUGGAGAAAAGCCAUUUUCAUGUGGGACCUGCGGAAAAAGUUUUUGUCGCAAAGUUACUUUAACUCGGCACAUGAUGAUUCACACUGGUGAAGAGUUGUAGAAUUGUUUUCCAUGUGGCCUAUGUUGAGUUUCACUAUAAAAUUGAUUUGGUGAAAAAAUAGAAUAUGGCUGAAACAAUUCCUGAAGUGAUUCAAGUACAUUGAUUAUUUAAGUUCCUUGAGGAAAAUGUAUCUUCCUCUAAGUGUCACAAARUUAUAUUUUAUUAUUUAAUGCUCCGUGUUCCAGCUGGGUUAUUACUUGAGUUGCACAGAGCUCUCACUUCCGCCUGAGCUGUUGACGAAAGCUAAGUGUUAGCRGCAUCACGUCCAGAUUUCAACUUCGGCCUGGGAGGAUUCUGUUAAUAUGAUGUUUGGGUCUUUGUCGUUUAUCGGGGGACCAAUAAACAGCCUUUAAAUGACUGGCCGAUGCCUGGAGUACGGUAGUCUUUUCUCCUCUCUGAGCUGCUGCCUGGUGGCGGUUCAGAGCGAACGACGAGGAAGAGUAAGCACUGCAGGAGUAUUUAUACAGGUGAGAAAAUAGACUGAACACUGCGGGCAGAUGAACAUCAGAUAAUUAACGUACGUAAGUGUAGCUUUACGGACGAACCAGAACAUUUAUUUCUUAUCUCAGUCUCAACAAAUGGUGAAGCUCAUCGUGGUGGCUCGGAGCUGGUAGACCAGUUUUUGCGUGUGACGAACGAAGUUGUUAAAUUCCAUCGCUAACAUGAACACAAAAGCUAUAAAUGUCUGGGCAAGGAGAGUUAAUCUAUUAAACUGACUGAAGAUGAAAACAUAAACCAAAAGCUGGAGUAUAGACAGAUUUUAGUAUCUGUGGACCUGCCUCUUUAUUAUUGAAUAUAAUUUCUGAUUUUUGUAUACAUUUUCCUCAGGUUAACUUGUAAAGUGAGCUAUUAUUGUUACAAGUUAAUUUUAUAAACUACAUAAAAGUUAUUGUUAGGGAAGCUCAACUGUAAAAUUUGGACUGAUGUUGAUAAGUAAUGGUAAUACUGCUGUUAUGUUAGAUUUACCAAUGUUUCAUUUGAUCUUUUUGUAUCAGAUUACUCAAUUAAUUGUAAGAAUAGUUGAUAGAUUUCUCGAUUACUAAAAUAUUAGUUUACAACAGCCCUAAACUAUAAUUAAAGACUGGAGCGAUGUCAUGUCUAUAAAGCUGAAAAAUUGUUGUAUUUGUUAAAUGUGAUCAUUUAGUUCUUGACAUGUGGAUACUUAUAGAUGUGAAACAUUUUUAUUGAUGCUUUGUUUAUUUUCUGGCAUAUUCUGUAG